AUGACAAUUGAUUGCACAUGCAAGUAUUUCACUGAGAUGGGUUUAUUGUGUUCCCAUUCAUUGAGGAUUUUUCACAUACAUAAUGUUGAAAAAAUUCCCCAAAGAUACAUUUUGGGUAGAUGGGCAAAACAUGCUAUGUGUACAAGAGUUGAUGAUGACGCUGGGAAGGAUGUAAACAUUGUUCAAGCGUCGGUGUGGCGUGUUAAAACUACAAGGGAUGCUUUAUCCAUAAUAAAUUCAACUCAACAUGACAUAGCUGCUAGGAAAGUUGUGGAGAAUGCUUUAAGUGAUUUGAAGGCAAAGGUUGGGUUGCUUAUUGGGAAGGUUGAUGAAUCAAUUACCAUUGAUGACGUGCAAAAUUUGUUAUACCCUGUUGUUAAAGAUCCACCUAAGAAGAGGAAGAAAGGAACUAGAAAUGUGAGGUUGAAAAGCACUGUGGAGAAGCAGGUGAACAGGUUAAGAGGGUGGAAGAAAACUGCUGAGAAAGCUGCAUUGAGGAACAAGGCAAAAGCGCAAAAACUGUCCAGGGGAAUGGAAUACAUUGAUAUCCCUGAAGAAAGCACUGUAGCUAACUCAACACACAACAAGUCUCUUCUUGAUGUGUAUGGCCCUGAUGAUUAUUGUCAUAUUAACCACAUCCCUGGGGAAGGUAGUAAAGAUGAGCAGCCGCAUCACAAAGCCGCCUUGGAAGUCUACCACGAAUAUUCUGAGAAGUUGUUCGGUAAUUGA